AUGAAUUAUUUUUGCAGUUUAGCUACAAAUCAUAAACUAUUCUAUUUAGGUACAAAAUUCUGUAAGGUGACACCAGAGGGCGCUGGAGAUAAAUUGUUAGUUAAUUUGUUUCCAGCGCCCUCUGGUGUCACCUUACAGAAAUACAAUCUAUGGAAAGAAGAUGCAGAAUGUAUCAAGGAACAACUUUUCCAAACAUACAUUAUACCUAAUUCUAAUAGUUAA